CAGAUCACAGAUCUCCUAUAAGCGGCUCCCCGGCCGACGUGCGGACAGUGAGCGUGUCGGCGCGCAGAGACAUGGACAGGAGGGCACACUGAGAGCAGCAGAGGACUUAAAGCCGCGGAGCGCAUUCCUGUGAAAGGAACAACUCGGAACUAACAUCAAACACUCACAUCUGACAUAUUAUCACUAAUCCCCUUUGCUGAAGACCCGCGGGAAGCCAGUUUGCCGGUUGCCAGUGCGCGUUUUGGCACUUUGGAUACGCGAGGACAGAUGCUGUUUUUGUUCACUUCGCAUUGAUUUUGAUCAUUAUUGACUUGCUCCAUGCCAAAGAACAGGCCAGGAUUAUAAUUCCCUGUUGGAUUUAAAAGUCAUCGAUUUUACAUCAGCACCAAACUUCUCUUUACGCGUCUGAAGUUUGCGCACGGAGAUGGCGCAAAGGUACGAUGAGCUGGCUCAUUACGGCGGCGCGAUGGACGGAGUCGGAGUCCCCACCUCCAUGUACGGAGACCCGCACGCCCCCCGGCCCUUGCCCCAGGUCCACCACCUGAACCACGGGCCGCCCCCGCACCCGACGCAGCACUACGGAGCCCACGCGCCGCACAACAUCAUGCCUACCAGCAUGGGCAGCGCCGUCAACGACGCACUGAAAAGGGACAAGGACCAAAUCUACGGCCACCCUUUAUUCCCGCUGCUGGCUCUGGUGUUCGAGAAGUGCGAGCUGGCAACCUGCACGCCCAGAGAGCCCGGGGUGGCGGGAGGGGACGUCUGCUCCUCCGACUCGUUCAAUGAAGACAUAGCCGUGUUUGCCAAGCAGAUCCGCGCAGAGAAACCUUUAUUUUCUUCCAACCCGGAGCUAGAUAACUUGAUGAUUCAAGCGAUUCAAGUCCUUCGAUUCCAUCUCCUGGAAUUAGAAAAGGUCCACGAGCUGUGUGACAAUUUCUGCCACCGGUACAUCAGCUGCCUGAAGGGGAAAAUGCCCAUCGACCUGGUCAUAGAAGAGCGAGACGUCUGCAAGUCGGACUUCGAUGACCUCUCGGGAUCCUCCACCAACCUCGCGGAUCAUAACCCGGCAUCCUGGAGAGACAUGGAUGACGCCCACUCGACGCCCUCUGUGGGCACCCCGGGACCAUCCAGCGGGGGACACGUCUCCCAGAGUGGAGACAACACCAGUGAACUCGGAGAUGGCCUCGACAACAGCCUAGCGUCACCGGGCACGGGAGAUGAAGAUGAUCAAGACAAGAAGAGGCAGAAGAAACGAGGCAUCUUCCCUAAAGUGGCCACAAAUAUAAUGAGAGCGUGGCUCUUCCAGCACCUUACGCAUCCAUACCCCUCAGAGGAACAGAAAAAGCAGCUAGCACAAGACACAGGUCUCACCAUCCUUCAAGUCAACAACUGGUUUAUCAAUGCAAGGAGGCGAAUAGUGCAACCAAUGAUUGACCAGUCCAACAGAGCAGUAAAUCAGGGUACAGCUUACAGUCCAGAUGGCCAGCCAAUGGGAGGCUUCGUUCUUGACGGGCAGCAGCACAUGGGUCUCCGACCUGGAGGACCAAUGGGUGGCAUGGGUAUGAAUAUGGGCAUGGAUGGGCAGUGGCACUACAUGUAAAUCCACUCCACUGAGGCGAGCCUGAAGAACAGGGUGAAGCCUCCAUGGUUGGCUCAGGGAUCUUCUUCCAUCUGGCUGUGGAGCUCAGUACCGGGACCUGUCUCUGCAGCCGUUACGCCAAAACCCCCACCUGAACCUUCACCAUUCCCACCUCUCACCUUGGCCCGCACGGUGCAGCGCGCGCAGAAGGAUCACCAUGAAAACGCCUAACCUCUGCACCGGAGGCCGCCUGUAGAAAAAAAACUUUCAAACUGUGAGCUGAGGAGCGUGACGGCUGCACGCAAACGGAGACGAGCGAAAAGGGACUUCACAGUGAAGCAGUCUGACACAUUCUCCUUUCCCUUUUAAAUUAUUUAUUUAUUUUUAUACAACUGGCGGACCAAGGGGAUGACGACUUUUUUCCUCUUUGUUCUUUUUUUUAAGUAAAGCUUUGCCCCCAAGACCCCCUAAAAUCUGCCCGUCCGCUCCGAAUGAAAUUGUACAAAGAACACAAACAUACACACACACACACACACACACACACACACACACACACACACACACACACACACUCUCUCCUUUAUAGGACUGAACAAAAAACACUGUGGAAUAUCUUUGAGAAAUAUGAGGUUUUAACUGUCGUGCUGUAUAGAUUUGUGCUCUUUAUUUGGCUGUUUCUAUCCAUGUUUGCGCUUGUGAUCACUAGACGUUAGAGUGAGCUUUCACCACUGAAAUGUUUCUUUUUUUUAACUAAAAAACAAGAUUUUUAAAGAAAAAAAAAUCUCUGAAUACUUAUUUCUGUUCUUUUCUCUUUCUUCUGUUUUACUCGUUUUUUUAUUUUAUUCUUUUUGGACAAUGUUUGAAAUAAUUUUAUAGCACCAAAACACAGAAAAGAGGUCUGCACUAAAAAUAAAGACUUGAUUGAGGGAGAUGAACGCAGGCGCAGGAGAGUGUUUUAAUCGUUUAGUUCUUUUCCUGCGGGCUCAUUUCAGAAACUCGGAGAGGAGAAAGGUCAGUGUAGGCGUUUGGAGAAAACGCUUUAAGCAACAACAUUAGUUGGUGGAGCAGGUCACGUAGAGCCCGCUCCGGUUCGAUAUGAGACGGGAUUGCAGUUGUCUCGCGUUAUUCGAUUGAUGGUGACAGGGAUGAUGGAUGACCCGGCUGCGAAAUUCAAGAAAACCAAGAGAGCGGAGGCUGCAGCUUUUACUAAAUGUUGUUUCUAUACAGCCUGUUCUGCUGAGAUGCUUGGAUGCGUGUAAGUGUUUGUGUGUGUGUGUGUGUGUGUGUGUGUGUGUGAGUGAGAGAGAGAGAGAGAGAGAGAGAGAGAGAGAGAGAGAGAGAGAGAUGUAGAGAAAUGAAAAGAAAAUGUGGAUAAACGGUGGUUGAGUCACAUUGUUUCCUAAAAAAUGAAUAAAUUCCUUUGUUUUCAAAGAAA